GCAAAGAUGGCUUCAGCGGCUAUGCUGCAUGGCCCCAACAUAACGCGUCUCACAGAGGGACUGGUGUCUGUUCUGAAGGAGGAGAGACCUGAACAUUUGCCCGUUCUUCUAGCAAGCUACCGCGAGCAUGGAGUGGUCGGGAUUCAGAGCACAGGAGCGGUGGGCGGCCUGGUGGGCAUCACUAAUGUACGGCUCGGGUCCAGUAAAACCAGGUUUGAGGGCCUUUGUCUGCUGUCUGUGUUAGUGAAAGACAGUUCGAGUGAAGUGUUCCAUCAGCAUUGUCUCUCAUGGCUUCGGUCACUGCAGCAGAUCAUUCAGUCGCAGGCCCCUCUCCCCACGGUGCAGCUUGCUGUGAGUGUGUUGCAGGACUUGCUGCAGUACUCAUCCCAGCUGCCUGAGUUAGCCAGGGAGGUGGGCCUUAACUCUGUCCUGGGCAUUCUGACCUCCCUGCUUAGUCUCAAAUAUGAGUGCCACCUAGCUGCCAUGAAAGGAAUGAUUGCGUGUAUGAUCUAUUACCCACGGGCCUGUGGAUCUCUGAAGGAGAAGCUUGGGGCGUAUUUCCUAUCCAAAAUGGACUCUGAUAAUACUAAAGUACAGGAGGUGGCUUGUGAGUGUUAUGGGCGGUUGCCCUGCUUGGGUGGUGUGUUGGAGCGUGGAGGGGGUGGGCACAGGGCAGAGGGAUGGACCAGUCAAAUGCACUGCCUUCUAACAUCAGCAAAUGGCAUAUUCAGACAGUUAUACCAGGGGUCUGAAGCAGAAGGGACGGUGCAGUAUGAGGGUCUGGGUGUGGAACUGCCUUUCCCACCUCUGGAUGACUUAGACCCGCUUUUAAUCCUUCAGCUCCAUCAUCGUUUGAAGGCCAUUUGCUUGGCUCUUAAACACACCUUGAGUGUUGAUCCAGCAUCUUCAGUCCGUCUACCUGUUCAGAAUGUCCUCAAUUUGGUGUGUCGAGCAUUGGCAGUCAACACUAAGAGCAUUAGUCCAACAGGAGAGGGCUGUCUGAAGCUGCUGGUCUUACCCUCUAUCCACAUUGACACUCUAGAGCUUCUCUCUGCUCUCAUCAAAACUGUGGGUGCUGGUCUGGUUCAAUAUAGCAGUGUACUCACAAGACUUUUCUCACAGUCUUUGUCUGCAUGGACACCUCUGCCUGAGACCAGUCUGGGCCAGCAAAGAGCUUACAGUGCAGUGCGUGUGGCUGUGUACCGUACUCUUGAACUGUGGGUAAGAGUAGGUGGAGCCUCCCUGCUUCAGGGAAGUCCCUCUCACCUAGAAUUACUAUUCACUCAUCUCAUUGGUGACAUCACACCAGGGGCAGAAGCGGUCAAGCUUCGUUCAGGACCACACUCGGCUAUGACUGAUCUGGUUGGCUCUGCUGGUAAACCAGGGCCUCGACGAACAAAAGGAUUGGGAAUGAGUGACGGGAUCUUACUGCAGAAGAAGGGAGAUGUGUUAGCCAAUCAAGACACAUGUGUCGCUGCUCUGCAUUCAUUAAGACAGAUCGUUCUGACGAGUGGAACUUUGUUAAAGGAAGAUCUGCAUAAGAGGUUACAGGAUCUGGUGGUUCCUCUGUGUGUAAGGCUACAACAGCAGUCUCACUGCGCCUCGGAGGCCGCCGCUGUUAGUGGGCAGUACGGCAGCCCAACCCCUCGCAGAGAGCUCUACCGUCUCUUAUUGGCACUUGUGCUGGUGCCCUCGCCCCGCUGGCCACCCCCCCUCUCCUGUGCCGUGUCCGCCUUCAGCCACGGUCGCAGAGAUCACAACAUUAUGGUUUCAUCUUUCUGUGCUGAGUCCCUGACUAUAUGCAACACCCUUAUUCAUCCUCGCACACCCUCAAUCUCCCUCCCUAUCCCCCCUCUAACUCUCAAAACAACCCCGUCUGCUCCCGUUCUUGCUUCCGGCCAAAACCCCUCAUUAUCCAUCCCUAACCUUCUCGCUGGCCCUGCAACAGCGCCACCCUUCCCUGCCAGACAUCCCAUGGGUUUGGGGCCCGCCACCCUCCUUGGCUCUCUGGAGAACCAUCUUCCUCUGGCUCCACCUGUUCUUCCCACUUCAGCAGGUCCUAGUGCCACCCCAGGUGACCUACUGCUCUCUCCUGUCCAACCCAAUGAACUGGCAGGCCUUGGUGCCCCUGAAGGUCAGCGGCAAGUUUUCGUCCGCUACGACAAAGAAGAACCGGAUGAUGUUGAGAUCUCUCUAGAAAGUGAUUCAGAUGAUAGCGUGGUCAUCAUGCCACAAGGUAUGUUAAUGGAGAUGCAGGAUGGAGCGACUAAUGCACAGACGUUGUCUCAGCCGCCUCCACCUGGUGGGGCUUUGCCACCCUCCACCCCAUCCGUGGGUGAGGUUGGAUCAGGUGAGACCGCUCUACCAAAUGAGCUCGCCACAUCCAUUCCACACCAAAUUCUUCCAGCGAAUGCCAACAACAUCAACUCCCUCCCUGGACCUAGUCAGACCCAGCUCGUCUCUCUGGUGCCCCCUCUGAAUUCUGCAACAGCGCCACUAUCUGCAUCCCCGGCUGGUCUUGCAGAUUCUAUGACUGGUGGUCCUCAACUUCAGCAGAUGCUGAUGCAGACGUCUCCAGCUGGACAGCCACCUGCGCUUGGCUUGUCUUUACAGAUGCAGCUUCAGACCCAGAUGGCCCAGACCAGCCGUCAACUCCAACAGCAACCUGCCGCAAAUGACGUGGACCAAAACGUAAUCAACAUCAACAGCACGGAUGACGAAGACGAGGAAGAAGAAGAGAUGGAGGAGGAGGAUGAAGAAUUAGGUGAUGAGGAAGAUGAGGAGGAGGGCCUGGACGAUGAGGAGGAGGAGGAGGAGGAAGAAGGCAGCGACUUCCCAGAGGAUGAGGAGUACUAUGAGGGGGAAGAGUUUGAGGACUAUGAAGAUGAAGAAGAAGAGGAUGAGGAAGAAAGUGAGGAGAUCCAGCCGAUGGAGAGAGACGACGCCAGAGGAAUGAUAGGCCAGGAGGAGGCCGAGGUGAUAAUCGAGCCCGAGGAGCAGCAAGGGAUGGGAAUGUUCUGCAUGGAGAGAGAACAAGAAGUGGAAGGGGGGAUUGAGGAAAUGGAGGGGGUGAGGAGCGUCUACGCAGAUGACGGGAUAAAGGAGAAAGGGACGGUAGAAGAAAUCGAGAACAUCGGCGCUGUCGAGCGAAAUGAAAGUGUGAGUGACCAGCAACAAAUAGAAACUCUUUUGAUCGGUGGAGAUGAAGAGGUCCCUGAAGAGGAUACAGCAGUGGAAGCUGUUGAACCAGAAGUGAGAACAUGGGAGCAAGAAGAAGCCAGACCUGAAGAUGAAACGGAACAGGCCGGAUCAUCUCAACAGUGUCAGGAAUUGCCAGCAGAGGAAAUUCAAGUGCAAGCGCCGGAAUUACAGCCGGAAGAUAAAACCGAACAGAGUACAGCAUCCACGCCAGAACAGCCAGUGUUACAGAAUGUAGACGAAACAACUGAGAAUGAGAAUGUCGGAGGUGAGCAGGAAGAUGAAGCGGAUCCAAGAGGAACCAAGAGGAAAAUGGAAGAUCGCGAAGAGGGAGACUCAACUGAACAAGGCACCGAAAAGAAAAAGAUGGAUGAUGAGGCUAUGGCUUCCAUGCUGGCGGACUUUGUCGACUGCCCUCCAGAUGAUGAAGAUCACGGUGCUUCACAAUCACAAUCUUCACAUGAUUAGACAACUCUCUGCACACUCUCUGGUGUGUUGAAAUAAAUGUUUUUCUCACAUGUUCACAUCUGAAUCAUACUGUACCCUCAAACUAUACUUUAGCUAUUUUUUUAAUAGCUCUAAGCUGGUUUCUGUGAAUAGACCAGUUCAAGUCCAAGGAUGUCACGGUCAAAUUUACUGGUCAUUUUUCCCUUUUCUAGAUUUGCAGAACAUCGUAAACAUGGCAGCUUAUUUUACAAGUAUUGUCAACAGUACCGUCAUAAAAGUCUACAAAAAGUGCUCGUUUUUUUGUUUGAUAUAAAUCAUGUUGUUUUGUGGCCGCCUUUUUGUAAUAUCAUUUGAAUAUGUAACUGUUCAAGUAUGUUAUGGUUCACUGAUUGUUUAAAAAAUGCAAUAAAGUGGAUCACUUGUGUGGUA